CUCCAAUCCAACCAGAUCCUCUGACCGUCUUCUCAACUGCCUGUCGGUCGAUCGUUUCACCAUGGCGACCCUGGCGGAGAAGCUGGAGAAGAUCAAGUCUCCCAAGCUGCAGAAUCAGCAACAUACGGCCGUGGUGCUUUCCGCAGUCGAAGACACACUCCGCGAUCAGAAGGCCGAUUUCUCUUCCACAGCUUACUUUGCCGCGCUGUUGGCGCUACUGGGCCAGUCCAUCUCCGCUACCCAAGGCAUUGUUAACAAGGACCUCGCUACUUCCGUCGUGUAUCUACUCGACAUCACCACCGCAUACGUCCCCGCUUCGAUCCUUCGCGCCAAGUUCUCCCACAUCCUGACCAGUCUUGCGCCUGCUCUCUCCUUGCCCGAAGUCGAAGCCCCCCUCCUCCGUCCGUCGAUCGGCUGUCUGGAGUCGCUCCUCGUUGCCCAAGAUGUCGCGGCCUGGCAACUCCCCCACACUCAGAUCAGUCCUCGUCGGGCCAUGGCUGGCCUGUUGAGCCUGUCGGUCGAUCACCGCCCCAAGGUCCGGAGGCGUGCUCAGGAUGCUUUGAUCAAGGUUCUCAAGAAUCCCCCGCCCAGCCCCUCUCUGGAUCACCCGGCUGCCGACAUGUGUGCAGAGACUGCCAUGCGCACCCUGGGCGAUAGCAUCGCGGCGGCCGCAAAGUCGAAGCGCGGUCGCAACGACCCCCAGAACCGGGACAGCCACGACCCGCUGGUCAUCCACUCCCUGCAACUCGUCAAGACGAUUGCCGUCGCUUCGGGCGGCUGGCCGAGCAAGAAGAUCGAGCCGCUGUGCGAGCUCUUGAUGAACGCCUCCCGGUCGACCAACGAGUAUAUUACGAUGGGCGCUUUUGAGGUCUUCGAGGUCAUCUUCUCCAGCAUGGCCAACGACUUCUCGUCCUCGAAGCUUCCCCGCCUUUUGGAGGCGAUCACCGAUCUCAAACCCGCACAGAACGAUUCGCAGUUGCUGCCUCCCUGGAUUGCUGUCUUGUCGCGCGGCUACGAUGUGUCCGCUCAGACGAGCCCCGAGGAUACCUUCGAGAAGCUCCCUGCCUUGUUCAACAUGAUCUCCGGCUACCUCGCUUCUCCCUCGCGCAACAUCCGCGUGUCCGCAUCCGAGUGCUUGGUCUCUUUCCUUGCCAACUGUAUCCCCAAGAACGUUAUCAUUGAGCCCUCCGUUUACGAUGAGAAGACGCUCGAGAAGCUGGCUAAGGCCGCUAUGGAUCUUCUUUCUGUGAAGUAUCAGGCCGCCUGGGCGGAAGUGUUCAACGUUUGCGCCGCCAUGUUCGACAGCUUCAAGUGGCGCUCGAGCCCCUUCCUUGAUGACAUUGUCAAGACGAUUGGCGAGCUCCGUAGCAACGAGUCUUUCCACGGAAAGAAGGAGGCGGACAAUGUCCUGGGCAGUGCUAUCGAGGCCAUGGGUCCUGCUGCGGUUCUCGAGAUCCUGCCUUUGAACAUCAUCGUCCAGAAGCCCGGUCAACCCGGUCGUGUCUGGUUCCUCCCCGUCCUUCGCGACAACGUCACCAACACUAACCUCGCCCACUUCCGCUCCGAAUUCGUUCCUCUGAGUGAAGCUCUUUACCAGAAGGUCAUGGCUUACAGCUCCGCUGAGAAGGAUGUGGAGGUGAAGAUCUUCGAGACCCUUGUCCAGCAAACUUGGGCCAUCCUUCCGGGUUACUGUGAGCUUCCUCUGGAUCUGAUCGAGUCGUUCGACCAGAGCUUCGCAGAGCUGCUGUCCAACGUUCUUUACAAGCAAACGGAACUGCGCGUCGAUAUCUGUCGCGGUCUGCAGAACCUGGUGGAGUCUAACCAGGCUAUUCUCUCCCUCGAAGAGGAGGGCGAUGACUUGAUUCUGCAGCGCAGAAUCACCAAGGAAGCGGCUGCCAAGAACAUUGCUCAUUUGGCCGGGUUCGCCAGCAACUUGUUGGCAGUUUUGUUUAACGUGUACAGCCAGACUCUUCCCCACUAUAGAGGUUUCAUUCUUCAGUGCAUUAACGCUUACCUGAGCAUUACGCCUGAGAAGGAGCUCAACGAGACGUUCGAGCGUGUCGCUUCUAUGCUCGAAUCCUCUGUGGUUUCUGAGCAGGAAGAAGCCAAGCAAGGCAACCAGCAGGCCAGCUCUGGCAACAAGAUGCCCCCUACCUCGCACACGCUGAUCGACCUAGUGAUUGCUAUGUCCAUCUACCUGCCCCGUUCCAGCUUUGCCAGCUUGUUCGCCAUGGCUGCAGCCAUCCUCAACGGACAGACCGGAGACCAGCAGCUAAUCAAGAAGGCUUACAAGCUCAUCCCUCGUCUGGCUACGACCGAUGGUGGUCAGGCCGCGCUUCAAGAACGGAGUGCUGAGCUCCAGACUCUUAUCUUGUCUUCUGCCGACAAGACCCCUUCGUCUGCGCGCCGCGACCGCAUGUUGGCUGUCCACGAGCUCAUCACCUACCUGCCGACUUCUGACUUGCACUUCAUUCCCGCCGUCCUCUCCGAGGUGGUCCUGGGCUGCAAAGAGAGCAACGAGAAAACUCGAACUGCAUCCUUCGACCUGCUCGUUCACCUCGCAAAGAGGACCAUUGACUCCGAACGUAACCCCCCCGGCACCGUGAUCCGCAACUCCCUUGUGCCUCACAUGCCCGACAACGCUCCCGAUGCUCCGGCCACCAUUGAGGAGUUCUUCACCAUGGUUUCUGCUGGUCUGGCCGGUAGCUCGCCACACAUGGUUGCCGCGUCUGUCACGGCUCUUUCCCGCCUGUUCUUCGACUUCCACACUCAGCUCCAAGCCGCCGUGAGCACCGAUCUCGUACAGACCGUGGAGCUCUUCCUCACCAGCAACAACCGCGAGAUCGUCCGGUCCGUCCUCGGAUUCGUCAAGGUCGCGGUUGUGGUCCUCCCUGAUGAGGAUCUCCGUGCGCGUCUGAGCAACCUGGUUCCCAACCUCAUGGUCUGGAGCAAGGAACACAAGGGCCGCCUCCGCAGCAAGGUCAAGGGCAUCCUUGACCGCCUGAUUCGCCGCUUCGGCGCCGCUCCCAUCGAGGAGCUCGUCGGCGAGGCCGACCGCAAGCUGGUGGUCAACAUCCGGAAGCUGCGCGAGCGCCGCAAGAAGAAGAGAAAGGAAGGUGAGCAAGGCGACGAGGACGAGGACGAGGAGGACAACGGUGGCGCUGCCGGUGGAGCGGAUAACGGCAAGGGUGGCCGCACCUACAGCAACGCCUUCGACAAGGCCGUGUACGACUCGGACUUCUCGGACUCGGACGACGACGCCAGUGAGAUCGAUGUCGACGAGGAAGGCGGCACGCACGCGCGUGGUCGCCGCGGCGGCAACAACAACAACAGCCGCAAAUCCAAGCAGAGCGAGCAGUACAUCCGCGAGCAGUCCCCCGAGGACAACCCGCUUGAUUUGCUGGCGCCCGACGCCCUGGCCAGCAUCUCCACCACGAAACCCAGCGUGCGCUUCCUCAACACGGGCCCCGGCUCUCGCAAGAAGCGCAACGCCAAGUUCGGCCCCGAUGGCCGUCUCCUCCUGGGUGACGACAACGACGGGGACGUCUCGACCGCCCUGGACGACAACACCAACAACGGCGGCGACAGCGGCAUCAACGCCUACGUCCAGGCCGUCAGCGGACCCGACGCCGUCCGCCGCGGCCAACGCGGCAAGCUCAGGAUGGCGCAGUCUUUCAAGAAGAAGUCUGAUGGUGGCGACGAAAUGGACCUCGACGAGGAUGACACGGCUGCCGUGGCUGCCGCGACCAGCUCGCGGCCCGGUCCCGGCCGCCGCGGUCUCGGUGUCCCCAAAUCACACGGCCCCAGCGGCGGUGGCCGCAUUGAGAAGCGUCGGGAUGGUCGCGGUGGUAGAUCUGGUGGGCGCGGCGGUGGCUUCCGCGGUGGUGAUGGUGGUCGCGGCGGUGGCUUCCGCGUCCUAUCGUGUAUAUGGCUCCCAAUCUGGAUUUCUUUCCAUAUUGAUCAAUCCGAGGUAUAG